GCUGCGGUUCCUUUGAUCAGUCGAGGAAGUGCCAGUGUGAUUCCAUGUGCGUCUACUACGGGAGCUGCUGCGACGACUUCGACAAAACGUGCAGCAUAAAAACGGUACGCGGCGACACUUUCGAGGAAUACGAAGGGAACCAAACCACGUCGGCGCCGACCGCGGCGCCGACUUUGGCCGCGUCGCUCGCCGCCUCCGAAGAGUCUGCGCCCGUGCGGGCUACGACGACCGUUCAGCCGCCGACGCCCGUGCGGCCCACGACGCCCGCGGACCGAGACGCCGACGCCUGUUCCGAAAGGCCCUUCGACGCCUUCCUGCAGCUGAAGAACGGAUCUGUGUACGCCUUCAGAGGCGAGUAUUUCUUCCAGCUGGACGACACGUCGGUGCUCCCCGGUUAUCCCAAACUGAUCCAGGACGUGUGGGGCAUGCCGGGGCCCGUGGACGCCGCCUUCACGCGCAUCAACUGCCACGGGAAGUCCUACAUUUUUAAGGGAAGGAGGUACUGGCGCUUUGACGGCGACGUCCUGGACGACGGCUUCCCCAGGGACAUUUCCGAGGGCUUCGACGGCAUCCCGGACGACCUCCACGCCGCCUUUGCCGUGCCUGCAGCCAAUCACCUCGGCAAAGAGAAGGCCUACUUCUUUAAAGACGAUCGCUACUACGUGUACAAGUUCCUCCGGCAGCCGUCACACGCCGACUGCGUCCAGACGACGCGCUCGUCGCCCUCGCUGGUGUUCUCGCGCUACGCUGACCUCUUCUGCCAGCAGGAUUUGGACGGCCUCUUCGCCGAUCUCUUCGGGACUACAGGUCAGGUGCCCGCAAGUCGCCCCCCCCCCCCCUCGCCAUAUCCUCUCCAUCUUCAUCGUUCUCUUUCAGCCGGCAGCCACUCUUCUGGACCGCACCGCAUCGCCGAGAACUGGGCGGGCGUCGCCCCCCCGGUGGACGCAGCCAUGGCGGGCCGUGUCUUCCUGAGCCCCAGACCGGCGCCGCCGCCCGCCAAGAGUCCAAACUCGCGCAGGUGGAGGAAGCCCAGCAGGAAGAACCGACGACGGCAAAGUCGACAAACGUUUUUCGACGACAUCUGGAGCGAUUUUUUGGAUUUCGGCGGAACGUCGACGGAGGAGACCGUCGCCGCGACCGCGCCGGCACGGGCGGACUCUCCGGUCGUCAAGCCCGUUCAAUACGUCUACUUCUUCAAGAGAGAUAAAUACUACCGAGUGGACCUGCGGAGUAAGCGCGUGGCGCCCGCCGCGCCGCCUUACCCGCGAUCCGUCGCCAAGUUCUGGCUGGGCUGCCGGCAGGAAGACGUUCCUGACAACUCGCGCGGCGAGAGGAGAUGAACAAAGGCAAGACGCGGCGGCUGCGCCAAAGUCUCAUUCACGCGAAGUCAAAAAUGAACUUAAUCCAACUUUUCACCGUAUCAGAAGUCUGCGGGGCGAAGACCGCCAGCGCGGACGGAGUCGGAGUGUGCGCGCAACUGCGCCCCCUGCCGGCUAAAGUCAUCCUCACUUGCGAGCCUGCAAAAUAAAUCGAACUAAUUCGAGCCACCUGCCACAAGAAUGUAACACGAGCUGACUUUUUGUCUCUCUCUCUGUGCACUUCUUCAAUUGAUCAAGUCAGUUCUGUAGUUUUAUUAUUAACGCAUAAAAUCAUAAAUCAUUUACCUGUCAUUUCAAGACUUUCUUUCUGAUGACUCAGACGUUCAUCUUUUCAUGUUCAGUCCUGCUUGUUAAUUAGUGUUGACCGUUGUGCCUCGGUUGGAACCAUCCAUACAUUUUCUUAGCCGCUUAUCCUCACAAGGGUCGCGGGGAGUGCCGGCGGUCAAAGGGCAGGAGUCAUGCUACACACCCUGAACUGGUUGUUAGCCAAUCGCGGGGCACACGGAGACAGACAGCUGCACUCACAAGCACCUAUGGGCAAUUUUUUUGACUGUUGCAUGAUUUUGGGAUGUGGGAGGAAACCAGAGUGUCCACCCGGAGAAAACCCACGCAGGCACCGGGGAGAACAUGCAAACUCCACACAGGCAGGGUCCGGGAUUGAACCCGGGACCUCACAACUGCGAGGCCAACGCCACCGUGCCGUCCCGAUUGGAAACAAUCCAUGACAAAUCAUGAGAAAUAAACAGGAACCGCAGGGAUUCGAACCCAGGCUCUCCUAUAUACCAGGCAGGUGCUUUGACCAAAAAUGUCGUGAUCUGACGAGAAAUAAUGUUGCGUACUGCUUGUGAUAAACUCGUUAUCCACCGGCGGGACCCGCACCGCAGUUUGACUACCCCCGGACGAGGACAUAAUCGGAGGUCGGUAAAUUUGAGGCAUGCCGGUGGAACCCGCUCGCCACGCUCUCACGCAUCUUGGACCACCUCACCCGUCGAACAUUAACCGCGCACAUAAUCGCUCCCGAUAAGACAGAAGCCGCCCGGUUUAUGUGAACGGCGGCCGCUUGACCUGUGACCCCUAACGUGCGAACAAAGUCCGCGAACGAAGCGACGCGGCUGGAGAGAUCUUUUCCCCGACUGUUGACCCGAAAGCGGCACGACGACGACACUUUGAAUAAACUAAACCAAAUGAACCAAAAUAAUUAUUAUUAUGAAUUUUUUAAAUGAAUUACUUAUCAAUGAAUAACACUAACCCGAAUUAAAUGAAAGCUUUGAAAUCAAAACAGCGGACUUUUUUUUUUCUUGCAGUUUUUUUAUGCUGCACGGGAGCUCUGCAUUCAUAAAGUUGCCAGGAUCUACCGGAAAUCACCCCCCAACUAGUUUUCCUCGCUAUUGUUUUCAAAUUUGUAUUCUGAUGCAGAAUAGUC